AGCAACCAUUGGAAACAAUGGCAGCAUAAGACAAGAGUAACCAAGAGAAGAACCAAAAUGUCCACCAAGUUGCUUCUCUCCAUCUUCUUGGCAUUCUUCUCUUCCAUUGCCAUCUCCAAUGCUGCCAUCGCCGACGAAGUGUCUGCCCUGCUCUCGAUCAAGUCGGAGCUCUUUGACCCAUUGGACGCCCUUAGAGAUUGGAGACCUCUGGCUGACGCCGCCGCCUCCUCCCACUGCAACUGGACCGGCGUCCGUUGCAACUGGAGGGGCUCCGUCGAUGGCCUCGACCUCUCCCACAUGAAUUUAAGCGGUCGGAUCACCGACGAGUUCCGCCACCUCCCCAGCCUCGCCGGCCUCAACAUCUGCUGCAAUUCCUUCACCUCCUCACUCCCCAGGACUCUCUCCAACCUCACCAUGCUGAAAGAGCUCGACGUCAGCGAUAACAACUUCGUCGGCCACUUCCCGACCGGCCUCGGUGCUUGCCCCGGCCUAACCAGCCUCAAUGUGUCGGGGAACAACUUUGUCGGGCCGCUGCCGGACGACAUUGGCAACGCCACGUCCCUCGAGAGCUUAGACUUUCGCGGCAGCUUCUUCACCGGCUCGAUCCCGCCGUUUUACCAGAACUUGCAGAAACUCAAGUUUUUAGGCCUUUCGGGCAACAAUCUCACCGGAAAACUCCCGGCCAUGCUUGGCCUGCUCUCCUCGCUGGAAACUCUGAUUAUUGGAUACAAUGGGUUCGAAGGGCCUAUUCCAGCCGAGCUUGGGAACCUGACCAAUCUCCAGUAUCUCGACAUGGCGGUCGGAAAUCUUGAUGGAGCUGUUCCGGCCGAGCUCGGGAAGCUGCAGUCUCUCACCACUGUUUACUUGUACAAGAACGAUUUGGGUGGCGAGAUUCCGAAAGAAAUGGGUAACCUUUCAUCAUUGGUGAUGCUGGAUCUUUCAGAUAAUCUGAUCUCCGGUUCGAUACCGCCGGAAUUAGCCAAGUUGAGUAAUCUCCAGCUGCUAAACCUCAUGUGCAACCAGCUCAAAGGCCCGGUGCCGGCUGGAAUUGGAGAGCUACCACAGUUGGAGGUGCUUGCACUGUGGAACAACUCGCUUUCCGGGCCGUUGCCGGCCAAUCUAGGCUGCAACUCGCCGCUGCGAUGGCUGGACGUGUCGACAAACUCUCUCUCUGGUGAGAUCCCGGCCGGGUUGUGCAGCCAGGGGAACCUCACCAAGCUCAUCCUCUUCAACAAUGCGUUCUCGGGGCCAAUCCCGGCGAGCCUCUCGGCAUGUCUCUCAUUGGUGCGGGUCAGGAUUCAGAACAACCGGCUCAAUGGAACGAUCACCAGCGGGCUUGGGAAGCUGCCGGGGCUGCAACGGCUAGAACUGGCCGGAAAUGAACUUUCCGGCGAGGUUCCAGAGGACAUCGCCUUUUCGACGUCACUCUCCUUCAUUGAUCUCUCCCACAAUCACCUCCAAUUGUCUCUCCCUUCCAACAUACUAUCAUUACCUACCCUCCAGAGUUUCAUGGCCUCCGACAAUGAGCUCACCGGAGAGAUCCCUGACGAGUUCCAGGACUGCCCGUCACUCUCCUCUCUCGACCUCUCCAACAACCGGCUCUCUGGGAGCAUCCCCGGCAGCCUAGCCUCGUGCAAGCGGCUCGUGACGCUGAACCUUCGGAGCAACCGGCUCACCGGCGAGAUCCCGGCCGCAAUCGCCAUGAUGUCGACAUUGGCAAUGCUUGAUCUAUCCAACAAUUACCUCACCGGCUCAAUCCCCAGUAACUUUGGUAGCUCGCCGGCGCUCGAAAUGGUGAACCUGGCCUACAACAAUCUCUCCGGCCCGGUGCCAUCCAACGGCUUGUUGAGGACUAUAAAUCCCGACGAACUCGCCGGCAACCCGGGCCUCUGCGGUGGCGUCCUAACUCCAUGUGCCGCCAAUUCUCCGGGAGCAUCGGCAUCGAUGAGACGCAGAGGGUCACACUUCAAGCACAUCGUCGCCGGAUGGCUGAUCGGGAUAUCGGCGGUGCUAGCAAUCGGCAUAGCCGUUCUCGGAGCCCACCAAUUCUACAAGCGGUGGUACAACGAUGAGGGGUGCUGCGACGAGCGGUUCGACGUAGAGACAGGUGCAUGGCCAUGGCGGCUGACGGCAUUCCAGCGGCUAAAUUUCACCAGCGCCGACGUGCUGGCAUCCAUUAAGGAAUCGAACAUCAUCGGCAUGGGCGGGACCGGGAUCGUCUACAAGGCGGAGAUUCCGAGGCACCAUGGGGUCGUGGCGGUGAAGAAGCUAUGGCGAGGAGGAGCCGCGGAGGCUGGGGAUGAAUCCGGCGCCGGAGAUUUGGUGGGGGAGGUGAGUCUUCUGGGGAGGCUGCGGCACCGGAACGUGGUGCGGAUGCUGGGCUACCUGCAUAACGAUACGGAGGCUAUGAUCGUUUAUGAGUACAUGCCACACGGCAGCCUGUGGGAGGCUCUGCAUGGGAGGCAGGCGGGGCGGGUGCUGAUGGACUGGGUGUCGAGGUACAACGUGGCGGCGGGGAUCGCGCAGGGACUGGCCUACCUUCACCAUGACUGCCACCCGCCGGUGAUCCACCGGGACGUGAAGUCGAGCAACGUGCUGCUCGACGCCAACCUCGAGGCGAGGAUCGCCGACUUCGGGCUGGCGAGGAUUAUGGUCCGGAAGAAUGAGACGGUGUCCACGGUGGCCGGAUCGUAUGGCUACAUCGCUCCUGAGUAUGGCUACACCCUGAAGGUGGAUCAGAAGAGUGACAUAUAUAGCUUUGGUGUGGUCCUCAUGGAGCUGCUAACAGGGAAGCGGCCCAUAGAGCCAGAGUUCGGCGAUUGCCUGGACAUCGUCGGAUGGGUUCGGGAACGGCUGAGGAGCAAUCGAGGAGUCGAUGAAUUGCUCGAUGCGAGCAUCGGCGGCCAAUGCGAGCACGUCCGGGAGGAGAUGCUGCUGGUGCUGCGGAUUGCGGUGCUAUGCACCGCGAGGUCGCCCAAGGACCGGCCAUCGAUGAGAGAUGUACUCACCAUGCUCGGCGAGGCGAAGCCAAGGCGGAAGAGCAGCAGCACCGGCGUGGGGAGCAAUGGGGUGGCUAAGGAUAAGCCCGUUUUCACCACCUCUCCUGACCCUGGGUUCCUGUAGGCAUGGAAGCUGGACUGAUUCUUAUCUUUAUACGUAGUCAUUCUUCUUCUUUCCUCUCUGGAUGUGUAAAAAUAAAAUGAUUGGUAGGGUCUCAUGGAUGGUCUUUGGAAUGGUUCGAUGGAUGG